UUCCCAGCUUGCAGGAGCUGACAUAUAGGUAGCUAGCCCCUGAAGAGGUGGAUCAUGGCAAAGCGUAACGAUGCGUCUCUCUUGGUGCUCGUGGCCACGGUCGUCGUCGUCUUCCUCUCCGUGCAGGUGAAGUCGGCUAUGGCUGCCGGCAGCUACACCACAGCGAUGCAGGAAGCUGUGAGGAAUGAAAUGAAGGUCUCCCGCGACGUCCUUCCCGGCUUUAUCCGACUCUUGUUCCACGACUGCUUUGUCAAUGGUUGCGAUGGAUCCGUGCUGCUGGAGACCUCGCGCAUCAACGGCACCAAAGGGAAGACGGAGAUGACCUCGCCCUUCAACGGCGGCCUCCGUGACUUACAGGUGAUCCAGAACAUCAAGAAUAACCUCUGGGACAAAUACGGCAUCACCUGCACCGACGCCGUCAUCUACGCGGCGCGCGAGGCGGUCUACCUGCUGAGCAACGGUAAAAUCGCCUACAACGUCGACGGGCCGGGCCGCAUGGACGGCGUCAUCUCCAGAUCAGAGGACCCGGAAAAAUACCUUCCAACCCCCAGGUUCACCUUCGACCAGCUCAAAGAAAGCUUUCGAAACAAGGGCUUCAAUGAGACGGAGCUCGUCGCCCUAUCCGGCGCGCAUGCAGUCGGCAUCGCUCACUCCUCGUUCUUCCUGACCGCCAUUGAAGAUACCCCACCAGAGUACCGACAGGCCAUCGGCGAAGAAACGAAUUUCGGCACCAAGGAUGUGGUCAAGAACAACGUCCGCGACUUCAACAAGCACCCCUCCACUUACAAGCCCAUGGUGGGCAUGUCGGCGAAGAACGUCCUGGACAACAGCUUCUACAACGCCGUCCCCCAGAAGAUGGCGCUUUUCCCAUCUGACAGGGUGCUGUGGGUGGCCGCCAAGGUUAAUGUGACAACCUACAGGGAUAACGCCGGCACGUGGUACAGAGACUUCGGCUACGCCAUGGAAAAGCUCAGCAAGCUCGCCGCCACGAGCGACCCUGCCAAUAUCGAGAUCAGGAAGGUGUGCAGUAAGACCAACUAGAGGCACCACGACUAGACGCUCCUCGCCAAAAUUUGAAAAGAGACAAAACAUGCUCGCGUUUAUUCAUUAUAUAUUUAUUGAUUAAUCAAUUACUUAUAUAUUAUUAUGUCGGUGGUAUAUUAUUGUCAACAAAAACAUGUAGACCGGUGUUUAUUUCCUUUGGUUUGACUUACUUAUUUGUAAAUUUUGUAUACAUGUCUCCGAAUAGGUGUGGUUUUGUAAUCGUCCA